AUGUGGCCAGUUAUACUUUUUAUGGUGAUUUUGCUUGUGACAGGUUUGAUUGGAAACAGUUUGGUUAUAGCUGUCUACACAGAUAAACCCUUGCUCAACCAUCUGUUUUAUUUGAACAAUGCUGUUAACCCAUUUAUCUACGCUGUCAUGAAUAAGAGGUUCCGGGAAGAUUUAUCAUUGUUGGUGCGGAAAUUACGCCGAGCUCUGGUGUAG